AUGAGAGAGCCAGAGAUGAAAGAGGCAGAGAUGAGAGAGCCAGAGAUGAGAGAGCCAGAGAUGAGAGAGCCAGAGAUGAGAGAGCCAGAGAUGAGAGAGCCAGAGAUGAGAGAGCCAGAGAUGAGAGAGCCAGAGACGAGAGAGCCAGAGAUGAGAGAGCCAGAGACGAGAGAGCGAGAUAUGAGAGAGCCAGAGAUGAGAGAGCGGGAAAAAGAGAUGCGAAAGAGAGAAGUCGUGAAAGAGGGGGAAGGGGAGAGGAAAAAAGAGAUAAAAAUACAAGUCACUGCUUCGUGUCAUCCUUUGAAGACGACAGAAAAAUCAGCGGGAACAUUACCUCUGUGGAAGACGCUUAAAAACUAUAAGCCGAAAUAUAACGAAGUCUUCGGCUGGGCAGAGGAAAAUAACAUGAUGUUUAACUGUGAUAAAUUCCAGAUUUUGAGGAAUGGCAAAAGUGAAGAAAUUAAAAGAAAUCAAGUUACUCUCGUCUACCUCUUCAAAUCAGGAGAUAUUUCUGAAAAAGUUAAUACAGAAGACAUAUAUGGCAAACAUAGAUCCGAUAAGGCACCUAUAUCAACGGAGAUCUUUUCAAAGUACUCAAAAAUACUCUCUAGAAUGGAGACGAGAGAGAUAGAGGUAUCACAUGUACUUAGAAUGUUCUGGAAGCUCAGGUUCCAAAACGAUCAGGUCAAUGAAAUAGAGAACGAUCAGGGCAAUGAAAUAGAGAACGAUCAGGUCAAUGAAAUAAAGAACGAUCAGGUCAAUGAAAUAAAGAACGAUCAGGUCAAUGAAAUAAAGAACGAUCAGGUCAAUGAAAUAAAGAACGAUCAGGUCAAUGAAAUAAAGAACGAUCAGGUCAAUGAAAUAAAGAACGAUCAGGUCAAUGAAAUAAAGAACGAUCAGGUCAAUGAAAUAAAGAACGAUCAGGUCAAUGAAAUAAAGAACGAUGACAAUAUUGGUCUGGAAAAUAAGUACUUCAACGUGGGAGACGCCAGAAAAAAAGGAAAUCCCCAAUACCACGGAAAAUACGGUGAAACAUGGAAUAAGACACAUUGCGAGGCUACGGACACUGAUUCAGUGUGGCACCUGGGCACUCACACACCACAGGGCAACCUUACCCAAGACAUGACAAAUACUGCCCGAAGGUGUAACACGGAAAGUCAAAGUCCAGAGUCAGAAGUCAAGGUCAAAGCUGAAAAUUAUACUGCCGAUUAUACGACUAAUCAGGCACGUCCGAGCCAAUGCAACCCCUUUAACCUACGGAAGCCCAAACUCUGA